UAUGGUAGAGGUUGAAUUCUUGCUGCAUAAAGGGUGGACAUUGAAAGGCAACCAGAAAUUAGUAAAUAGGGGUAGUGGUACUAGAAUUAAAAAAAAAUAUAAAAGCAAUGUUGGAACGUUUUUUUUAAAUGGUAACCAAAGAAGCCAAGAUAAAAUGAGCCCACAAGCUAUGCACGAUGAACUUUUGAAAUAUGCUGAGGCUGGUGACAUAGAAAAAGUGUAUAUUCCUCAAAUCCCAACAAUACAUAAUUGGAUAGGCUUGUACUCUAGUGCUUUUAAGCAUAAGGCAUCAGAAACAAGUUUUAAUCAG